UAAAGAUCUAAAUCCGCAGGGCUAGUAGUGGUAGUGGUAGUAGCUCUCGCUGCCCUAUAAUUAUCCGCGUCAGAGUCACUUGACAGAGGCGCUUUGAAGCGAGGAGCGGUCGACAUCUUGAAUUGGAGUAAGAAAGUGAGUGAAAUAAAAACCUUGAUCUUAACCAUACUCUUUUAAAAUUAGUGCUUUCAAGACACGUAGCUACGGCUUUUCGGCUAAACGGGCCUGUACAUCUUCAGUCACUCCUCAUGGCCUGUUAUGACUGAGAGGCUGCCAUCAUGAUUGGAGGAUUGUUCAUCUACAACCACAAGGGGGAGGUGCUGAUCUCCCGCGUCUACCGCGAUGACAUAGGGCGCAAUGCGGUGGAUGCGUUCCGCGUGAACGUGAUCCAUGCGCGGCAGCAGGUACGCUCGCCGGUCACCAACAUCGCCCGCACCAGCUUCUUCCACGUCAAGCGCUCCAACAUCUGGCUGGCGGCGGUCACCAAGCAGAAUGUCAACGCCGCCAUGGUGUUCGAGUUCCUCUACAAGAUGUGCGACGUCAUGACGGCCUACUUCGGCAAGAUCAGCGAGGAGAACAUCAAGAACAACUUUGUGCUGAUCUACGAGCUGCUGGACGAGAUCCUGGACUUUGGCUACCCCCAGAACUCGGAGACUGGCGCACUGAAGACCUUCAUCACUCAAACGGGCAUCAAGAGCCAGCACCAUUCCAAGGAGGAGCAGUCUCAGAUCACCAGUCAGGUGACUGGGCAGAUCGGCUGGCGUCGCGAGGGCAUCAAGUACCGUCGCAACGAGCUUUUCCUGGACGUGCUGGAGAGUGUCAACCUGCUGAUGUCUCCACAAGGUCAGGUGCUGAGCGCCCACGUCUCGGGCCGCGUGGUGAUGAAGAGCUACCUGAGCGGCAUGCCAGAGUGCAAAUUUGGCAUGAACGACAAGAUCGUCAUCGACAAACAGGGCAAGGGGGGCGCCACAGAUGAGGCGGCGGGCAAGAGUGAUUUGGGGGGCAGUGGCGGUGGUGGCGGUAAGCAAUCCAUAGCCAUUGACGACUGUACAUUCCACCAGUGUGUGCGUCUCAGCAAGUUUGACGCUGAGCGCAGCAUCAGCUUCAUUCCUCCGGACGGAGAGUGUGAGCUCAUGAGGUACCGCACCACCAAGGACAUCAUCCUACCCUUCCGUGUCAUCCCCCUUGUCAGGGAGGUGGGCCGCACCAAGCUUGAGGUCAAGGUGGUCAUUAAGUCCAACUUCAAGCCCUCGCUUCUGGCUCAGAAGAUUGAGGUGCGCAUCCCCACCCCUCUCAACACUAGCGGGGUCCAGGUGAUCUGCAUGAAGGGCAAGGCCAAGUACAAGGCCAGCGAAAACGCCAUCGUCUGGAAGAUCAAGCGUAUGGCAGGGAUGAAGGAGUCUCAGAUCAGUGCCGAGAUCGAGCUGCUGCCCACCAACGACAAGAAGAAGUGGGCGCGCCCUCCCAUCUCCAUGAACUUUGAGGUGCCAUUUGCUCCGUCCGGGCUCAAGGUGCGCUACCUGAAGGUGUUCGAGCCCAAGCUGAACUACAGUGACCACGACGUCAUCAAAUGGGUGCGCUACAUCGGUCGCAGCGGCAUCUACGAGACGCGCUGCUAACUGCCCCUUCGCGAUCGGGUGGAAAAAGGGGCGCAACAGGGAGGAGGCUGGAACAAGGGAGGGAGCGAACGACAACAACAUGGAAUCGCUACCUUCCCAUCGCUUCUGUUUUUUCAGUAUUUUUUUCCAAUGGGCUGACAAAUGAAAACAAAACAAACAGGACCAUGCUUUCAAAAGUAUUGAAAAUUAUGAAAUGAUUAAACGCAUGUAUGUAUAAAUAAUGCAAACGUCCUGUGGAGUACAAAAAAUACCAUCUGCAUCUAAAGGGUAUUUUCCCUCUUUUAAUCUAAACAAAUACUACAUUCCACCCCCAUGACAUGUAGUUUCUUCAUGUAGUCCUACUGAGCAGAGCCACAUAGGGCUCUGGUCAAAUUAAAGCCACAAGUUACAUUACCAUAGUAGUCUACUAUUCCUCUACCCCAUCUAUUCCUCAUGGCACUGAAUUAGUGGACGACUGUCCCCCUUGCCCUUAACCACAGAUCUAGGAUCAGAUUACGCACCAUACCCUCAAUCCUAAUGUAUUAGGAGGAUAGAAAAAGUAUCUGACCAUGUGUCAUUGGCUUAGGGGUAACUGCUACCCUCCCUCUCUUGAUGCUGGCGUAGUAGUGUGUGUUGCUCUCCGGUUCUCCUGUCCCACCUCUCUCUCCCCAGCCCUGUCCCUGUAUCUGUAUAUUUAGCCUAGUGAGUAGUUUGCAGCAGUAUGCAGUGUAGAUGCAUCCAUUAAGUGUCAUGCCAUUUUAUACGUUUUGAUUUGAUAACACCCCGCCUUCCCUGAGUAUAUUAGUCAUGAAUCGUCAUGUUUUUGUAUUUAGUGCUUUGUUGUGCUGCUCUAAAGCUCUCUGGCCCCCAUUCCAUCUCGCUCUCUCGCUGUCUUUUCCUGCACUCAAGUCCUCUACUAUUUCCAAUAGCUGUUAGUGUCAUGAUUCCUCUGUUGACGCAGAUAUAAUAAUGAAGAUUUUUUAUCUGUG